UUUGCUUAUAAAUAUUAAAGUAAAUAGUUAAAUGACCAUUUUGUAAAUUAAAAAAAAAUGUCACUAUUAUAGAGAAAUGCUAUUUCUUCUUCUAAAUAUAGAAGUGAAAAUAUCACUCUAUUUUAAAUAAAGAAAUAUAGAUAGGUUUGAGUAAAAAUUUCUCUAUUAUAGCAUUUAGAGCCAAAAAUAGAUAUGGAAGUAUAAAAGUAGACAGAUUUACUAACAAUACUAACAUCAAAAAUAUUCAAAAUUAAUUUAUUAACUUUUUUUUUUAGAAAAAAAUAGUUAGCUAUUGUUCAUAGCAAGCAAAAUCCAUUAGAGAAAUCCACAUGAUGAUGACAGCUCCCCAUUUAGAAGUCGUAGAAGAAAAGUAAAGAAGAUGUGCAGCACUUGCAGAUAUGUUUAUAUAUUCAUAAUAAAAAAAAUAUACUAGAAAAAUCGUGGCCCCAUCAGAAAAAAUGAAAAUUGUCAAACAAUAUGAACUAUGAUGGACACUGAACAAUAAUGAAACAUUGAUAUAUAAAAACUUUUUAGACAAAACAAAUUGGUGUAGUUACAAAAUUUGAGAAUUGAUGUAAUACAAAACAUUGUUAAAAUUGUUUUAUUAAUAUUCGCUAUUUUUAAGACUAAAAAAGAAAAUUAGAGUCGCAAAGCAUCAUCGAACUAUUUUGCCAUUCUACAGAACUGUAAAAGAAAUCAUAAAAUAUCAACAAGAUUUCUCUGGGAAAAAUUAUAUGCUCCAAAUGUGUAUUUAUCAAAUAUUUUUUUAAAAAAGUAUUUAUCGAAGAUAAUGGCGGUCUGAUUGUACAAACUGGUGAAGAUGUUUUCAUGUAUGAAUUAUUCAUUCAUUUGAAAAGAGACCUUUCAUAUUAAUAUUUAAAUAUUAAAUAUCAAAUGACACAUAAUAUAGCACUAUAUAUAUGUGUAUGUGUUAUCAAAUAAGAUGUUUGUGACCUUUUGUCUCUUCUUCUACAAUUGUCUUUCUCCUUUCUAGCUUUCUUUCUGCUCCAAAAAAAAAAAAAACCAAAAAAUGUAUGCAAUGAAAGAAGAAGACUGUCUCCAAACGUUUCACAACUUACAAGACUAUCAAGACCAGUUCCUUCUUCAUCUCCAUCCACAAAACCACCCCUGGUCAUCUUUACCUUCUUUUGACCCGACUCAUUUCCCAUCCAACCCGACCCGUUAUCCUGACCCGGUCCACUACUUCAACAAGAGAGCUUCUUCAUCUUCUUCUUUUGACUAUACUGAUGGUUUUGUCUCUCCUCCCAUGGAUAAUCAUCAUCAUCAGAACCAUCUAAGGAUCUUAUCCGAAGCUCUUGGACCCAUCAUGCGUCGUGGCUCGUCCUUCGGGUUUGAUGGUGAGGAUAUGGGGAAAAUGAGUGCACAAGAAGUCAUGGAUGCCAAGGCUUUGGCUGCUUCAAAGAGUCAUAGUGAAGCCGAGAGAAGAAGGCGAGAGAGAAUUAACACUCAUCUUGCUAAGUUGCGUAGCAUUUUACCAAACACAACAAAAACCGACAAAGCUUCCUUGCUAGCGGAAGUGAUCCAACACAUGAAGGAGUUAAAACGACAGACAUCACUGGUCACCGAGACGUGUCAAGUCCCAACAGAGUCCGAUGAUCUGACCGUAGAUUCGACUUACAACGAUGAAGAAGGAAACUUGGUGAUAAGAGCUUCCUUUUGCUGCGGAGACAGGACUGACCUCAUUCAUGACGUCAUAAAUGCCUUGAAGUCUCUUCAUCUUCGAACUCUCAAAGCCGAGAUUGCAACCGUAGGUGGUCGAGUCAAGAACGUCCUUUUCUUGAGCCGAGAUGACCAUGAAGAUGAUGGUUUCGAAUAUCGUAACGAUGCCUUGGAGCAUGAUGAUGAAGAGAAGAGAUAUAAUCGCGUGAGUUCGAUAGAAGAAGCGUUGAAGGCGGUUAUAGAGAAGUGUGUCAAUAAUAAUGAUGAAAAUAAUGAUAACAAUAACUUGGAGAAAUCAUCGUCAGGGAGUAUAAAGAGGCAAAGGACUAGUAAGAUGGCAAAUCGAUUUUACAAUUAGUUUAUAUUCCUCCAUAUAUAAAAUGAUUGUUUAGAUCAUCAAGUCAUUAAUUAACUAAUUAGGGUUAGUUAAUUGGACUUGCAAAAUGGGAUCAUGGGUUGGUGGUCUUAAUAUUAAGUAUGUUUUGAGGCUUUUUAAUAUUUUUAAUGUGGUUUAGGUUUCUUCUUCUAUGUUUUAACUUAUGAAGGACCCCUUUAUUUAGGGUUCGGUUUAUAUAUUGUACUAUAAUUAAGACAUUUUCUGGUCUUGUUUAAUAUAGGUUAUGUAAAGAGUUUGGGGUUUGUAUCAGUGGAGUGGAAUCAAGAAGAUUUUAUUAUAUUAUAU